AUGGUCGGAGAUUACGUCGGUCAUCUCACCAGACUACACUUGGAGGAAAUUGAUGUACCUGGUGUCUGGCAGGUGCUGAAUAGGGGUGCUGAGGGAAUGGCUCAUCAUAGCCCGUGCAUGCAGCGAGGAGAAAGCCAAGACAUUGAUCUUUUUCACAUGGCCUGUAGUAGGGUAAGUGCUGCUGCAGUCAUCAUCCACCCGAUUACAUGGAUCUUUGGUGCCUUCGGUUUUCCUUCGCGAAUAGGAUUGUUAGUUCGGAGGCGAUUUGGUUUGCAUGUGUCAAUGUAG